AAACCCACCCUGAGAAGGCUGGAAAUGCUGGAAAGACGAAGUUCCUAACGAAAGAGUGACGUAUAGUUGCGGAUAAUUAUGACAAGUAGUGGAAAAUGUUCGAUUUUCAGGAAAAAAUAACAAAACGCAAACAAUUCCUUUGAAAAUUAGGUCACUUACUUGUUCGUUCUUUAUAAUGAAACUGACCCUUUUAGUUGUCUCGAUCCCAAAUUUCAGUUUAUUCAGUGCAUUUCGCUUGCAACCUAAAGUUUGGUGGAUUUCUAGGGCACACUGAAAAGCAAUAAUUGCAAAGCUAAAUGCCGCCAAGGGGGCGGCAUUCCGAGAAGGACUGGUGCAAUGCUCAACUUGAACCAAGAAGUAGGAGCAUGGGAUACAGUCCUGCUAGAUCCACUUACCGAAGAUAGCUUUAUAGCUAAUUUGCAGCAGCGCUUUAAAAGAGACCACAUUUACACAUACAUUGGAAAUAUUUUAGUAUCUGUAAACCCCUACAAGAAACUUGCCCUGUACUCUGCAGAUUUGGUUGAAACUUACAUGAAAAGGCCCCCAUUUCAGUUACCUCCGCAUAUAUAUGGAGUUGCAGAAUCAGCUUACAGAUGGUUGAACGAUAAAAGCGAAAAUCAAUGCAUUAUAGUUACAGGCGAAAGUGGCUCAGGAAAAACAGAAGCAGCUAGAAUAGUCCUUCAAUUUUUGGUUCUGGUAUCAGGAAAUUCGGUGGAAGUGCAAACAAUCAAAGAUCGUCUAGUGCAAGCCAACACUUUGCUGGAAGCCUUUGGAAAUGCCAAAACUAUGAAAAAUGGCAAUGCUUCUAGAUUUGGAAAAUUUUUGGACAUUGAGUUCGAUUUUAAGGGAGACCCUAUUGGAGGCCAUUUAACUAAUUACUUUUUGGAUAAGGCAAGGAUUAUAAGCUUGGGCUCGCACGAUAGAAAUUUCCAUAUUUUUUAUCAACUUCUGUCUGGAGCUGAUAUUCAUCUGCUCAAGUGUUUAAAACUGCAAAGGAACGUCGAGCAGUAUGCCAUUCUUCAAACUGAAUCCAAUCAUCCCACAGUUACUGAAGAAGAUGACAAGAAGCUGUUUGUAUACACGAAAGGGGCCCUGGAAGUUUUGGGGUUCUUGCCAAACGAUAUUGUUGAUAUUUUUAGAGUGUUAGCUGUUAUUUUGAAACUAGGUAAUUUACAAUUUGUGCCUUGCAAUAAUAUAGAUGGUACAGAUGGGUGUUCAAUUAGUAAUGAUUAUGAAUUAUUCGAAGUGUGUGAGUUACUCUCAGCAGACCAUAGAUGGAUUCAAAGAGUCUUAACCAGCAAACAAUUGGACGACGGAGUCUUAACAGAUAUGAGUGCUUUAGAAGCUACAAGGCUGCGCGAUAUUCUAUGUAGGACUUUGUAUAGCCGACUCUUCACUUGGUUGAUCAACAAAAUCAAUGAUUCCAUAAAAGCCAAACCACUGGGCAAGAAACGAGUUUUAGGUGUACUCGAUCUGUAUGGAUUUGAGUCAUUUGAAACCAACAGUUUCGAGCAACUAAUUAUCAACUACUGCAAUGAAAAGCUGCAUCAAUUCAUGACAAACAUUUGUUUGAAGGAAGAACAAGAGGAACUCAUUAAGGAGGGACUGGAGUGGACCAAGAUCGACUUUUUCAAUAAUAUAGCCAUUUGUCAAUUGUUUGAAACCGAUAACCAUGGUAUAUUAGCUCUGCUAGAAGAACCUCACGUUCAAACUGAUGAGACGUUUUUAAUGCGCUUAGAACAGUGCUGUUCUGGACAUACACAUUGUUUAAUUGAUGCUGUUAACAAUGCAAAUAGUUUUCAAAUUCGGCACUUUGCUGGCUCAGUAACCUACAAAAUCCACGGCUUUAUCGACAAAAAUCGAGACAAUCUGCCUAAAGAGCAUUCACGAGCAAUGUUUAGAUGUGAUUUAAGUAUAAUGCAGGAAUUGUUUCCUGAAGGCAACCCUAAAAGGAGCAGCGUAAAGCGACCUAUCAGUACGUCUGCUCAGAUUCAAGUUUCGUUGGGUUCUUUGUUCAAAAGCGUAGGUCAUCGACAAACUCAUUAUAUUCGGUGCAUUAAACCAAAUGAAACGAAGCAAUCAAAAAUGUUUGAAGUUCCUUUGGUCCAACAUCAAGUGAGGUAUAUGUGCCUAUUAUCAACUGUCCAAAUCUGGAGAGGAGGUUUUUGCCAACGAAUGCCUUUUGCUCAGUUUCUGUGCCGCUAUAAAAUGAUGUGUAAACACACCUGGCCGAAAUGGAAAAGUUCCCCAGUCGAAGGCGUUUCAAUUCUGCUCAGAAGCCUACCGAUCCCUUCAGCUGAGUUUACAUUUGGCAGAUCAAAGCUAUUCAUCAGAAGUCCAAGAACCGUUUUUGAGCUGGAGGACUUCCGGAGGAGUCGUUUGCACGAUUUGGCGCUUCUAAUUCAAAAAACUUGGCGCGGCUACAGCCAGAAAAAUAAAUAUCAGCGACUCAGACAAAGUCAGAUGAUUAUUGCUUCCGCUUGGCGCAGUUGGAGGGCUCGAGAAGAGUAUAGAAUCUUGAAGCAUAGAAAGCAAGUGGAAUGGGCUGCUAGAGUGAUACAAAGGCACUACAUUCAAUGGAAGAGGAGGCAAUAUCUGUUGACACUAAUGAUAAGAUUGCCAGAUGAUGGGGAUUCUCCACUCUGUCGCGAAUGGCCAUCUUCGAUGCCGCGAAUUUCUGAAGCUUGCAACUUAUUGAAGAAAAUCCAUCAUGGAUGGAGGUGCCACAAAUACCGCUUGAAAUUCGAUCAAACCGCAAGAAAUCGCAUGCGAGAGAAAGUGACUGCAAGCUUUAUCUUUAAGGAUCGAAAGUGUUCAUAUCCCAGAAGUGUUUCCCAUCCUUUUUUGGGCGACUACGUGCGCCUCAGGCAAAAUGUUCAGUGGAAGAAGAUGAGUCUGGAGAAUAACGACCAAUAUGUAGUUUUUGCUGAUAUUAUUAAUAAGAUUGCUAGAUCUAGUGGAAAAUUCGUUCCUAUUUUGUUGGUGAUAUCGACAAGAUCUAUGCUAAUCCUGGACCAACGGACGCUGCAAAUUAAAUAUAGAGUACCUGCGACAGAGAUUUACAGAAUGUCUUUGUCUCCUUUUCUAGAUGAUGUGGCAGUAGUUCAUGUAAAAGCGCCCUCAGUAGUGAAUGCAGAGACUUCUAGUGUCACUUCCGAUACUCCGGGCUGCCUCUUUCAGAGCGACAUGAGCCGAAAGAAGGGGGAUUUCGUUUUCCAAACUGGCCAUGUGAUCGAAAUCGUUACCAAGCUCUUCUUGGUGGUUCAAAAUGCUACUGGAAAGCCACCCGAAGUGAACAUCACCACAGAAUUUGAUGCCAAUUUCGGGUCGCAAACAGUAACUUUCAUGUUCAAAUGUGGCUUGCCGGAAGUCCAACCGGGCCAGAUUCGAGUGCUACGCAAAGCCAACAAGAUGGAAGUUCUAGUGUGAAAAGUGUCCAAACAACAUAUCGUAGGAACCAGCAACUUAAUCACUGCCAUUUUGGGUUAUUUGGGUUAUGCUAGAGAUUUGGAUGGUGCACAAUUCGCUGUUUCCAUUUUCAUUGAUUGGCAUUAGGGAUUCGCUAUGUGCUUGAUCUUUCCAUCUGGAAAUUGGCGUAUUUUUUUCGGCAAAUUCUGCGCGUUUUUUUAAUGAUAAUGCAUAUGUAAAUAAUCCUUUGCGUAUUAUGGUACAUUUUCGGUAGUUUUGCGAGGUGUUUCAGAGUUAAAUUGACAAAAGUCUAGGGAAUACUCCAUUCAACAAAAAUGUUCGUAAUAACCCAAAAAUAUGGGUCUUCGAAUGCCUUAUUUCGGAGUUAGAAAGCCUAGAAGUUUAUUGCCCAUCUGAAUACUACAUAGAACGAGCAAAACAAGGAAAAGUCAUAUUUUUUGCAAAAAUUCUAAAGCAUGGCGAUAAUUUGAUCCGAAACCUCCACAUGUUCAGUUUUGCCUAAAAUGUACAGCAACAAAUUUUCAAAAAAAAUCGAAUUUAUUUUUCGGAUAGAAAACGUCGAUGAAAAUUUGAUAGUUAGCGUUGGUUACGUGGUGAUAUAAAAAUUUUUGAGCUUACAUUUCAAGAAAACUGAAAUUUCACAAUUUCUUGCCAGGUUGAAUUAAAACAAUGAGUAAUGUUUAGAUUCAUGCAAUUCACACAGUCAAUAGUUCCAGACAAUCGAUUCCGUUCCAUUAUGAAUUCAAAUAGUUUCAGAAUGUUUACGCUUUCACAUGGAAAUGCACGAUAAAUCCAUCUAUUCGGGAACGAAAUGUUCUAAAAUGGGUCACCACAUGUAUGCAGAAUUUUAGCGGAUUUAGGAAUGCUUCUUGAUUUUUUCAUUUGAUCGAAAUUGGCAUCAGAUUUUCUUUUUGCUGGUUUUCUUCAAAACAAUACCUCCCACCAACAAAUUAAUUUUUUUUUUUCAACUUUUUGAAUCUUGCAAAAACGAUCAUCAUAUAUGAUUGAACCGAAACGCCUAUAGUUCGUUGAGCGGAAUAUCUUCUCAAUUUUGGUAACUUUAAUUCUAAAAUUCCUUGUACGUCAAACAAAUAAAUGUUUUAAAACCGCCAGGAGAUUAUCCGCAUUACUUUAUCAUUUGAUUAUCCUUCCAGUUUAGUCGAAUCAGAUUGAUUUGCGUAUUUAACUUCAACAUGCACUUGAAAAAUGCAGAUUUGUUUAUUAAAAUCACUGGGAAAACAAUCUACUUAUAAACCUCAGAUUCGGAUUCUUUCACAGUAGCUGUUGAAAAGUGAAAAUAUAUUUCAGUUCCGCAGACAAAGCAAAGCAACGGCGAAAACUGUAAAUUUGCGAAAUAGAAAAUAUACAAACAAUAUAAAAGACCAGAAGGGAAUUUUUUAUUUGUUAUAGUUGUGAUAAAAUGGUACGCAAUAAUAUCAGAUGUGAAGAACAAUUAACCUUUCGGCAUCAUCAGAACCCUCAAAAGUUUCGGAUGUAAGCAGGUACGGAUUUGGAAACGUGCGAAUCUCAGACACCUUUAAGGCCAUCGAGGUUUCGCCUGAAAGCAACACGCCCGAAAUCUGCACGUUAUUUCCUCCAUAUCGGCGCCAAUGUAAAAUACAUGGCGAAAUAAAUUACAAGAUCCGGGAGUGCUGUGUUAGGGCUAAACCCUACUGAUGAGAUCUGAUAGGGUCAAAACUGGUCUGAGAUUAUCACCUGUCGCAAUCCGUACUUUUUACUGAAAAAUUAGUAGCAAAUUAAUAGCCAAGCUAAUUUUCACAUGGCAGUGUGUAAUUUAUCAGCGUCAUUAAAUGGCAAAACUAAAAUCACUCUUGAGUUUAAAAGUUUAAACUUCACCAGACUUGUACAAUUAACCGCAAAGUGUUUUUAAACCUAUUUAAUAGUAAUUGUCUCUUAUAAUACAUUUUUAUUUGCCUUCUUAUUAUUAUCUAAGGAAUUAAUCUCACUGAUUGUAACGUAUAUAAUUUCAAGCGUUGGGUUUAUAUUAAUUCAAAUGUUUUUAUUAGUACAAUAAACCAAAUUUAGUCAUAACACUUAUAUCUUAUUAUAAGUAUAGGAAACUAAGUGAAAUAAUAAAAGUUAUGUUAUAUUUUUCAAA